AUGUUGAGUAGCGGCCUUCAUAUAUUCAAUGCAGCAAGUUAUCCAAAUGGACCAAUAAUCUUACGAUUAAUUCGUGAUGGUGAAAAUAACUCUUAUGAACCUUACUUGCACCUAAGGUUAAUAUACCCAAAUAUUAUGGCCAUCAACAUUAGUACAAAUAAUAUCAAUAUAACUGCGAUUCCUACUUUUAAUUUUUGCCCGAUUGCAACUAAUCCUCCACGUGAUCUGAUUCGUAUUUUUCCCUUGUCAUAUAAUCAUACCAUGAUCGCAUUUUUGCAAAAUAAUACUGAGUAUGGUCCAGAAACACAUGAAGAAAUUGGAAAGUUUAUUGAUUGGAGCGGGAAUGUUAUCCAGUAA